GUGGGAACCACAUUUUGCUUUCUUCAGCCUUGUUUUUGUCAUGGCUGACUGCUCUGCCAUCAUGCCAUGUGCUUUAUGUCAAAAUUGGCUUUCUUUCCUAUACUCCAUACCUUAUAAUAACAAACAAAUUUAUGAAUAGUAGAUCUAAGUAUCAUUUAUAACAUUUUUUUAAUCUACAUAUAAAAACAGCUUGAUAUCAUUUUUUAUUCUCUCUCGACCAAUUAUCGAUUUUCCCGGAAAGUUUUUCUGCCUCAUUUUCUCCAAGACUGCAGUCACUCAUCUUUGACUAGUAAGAUUGAUCUUCAUAGCCAAGACCAUAAAAAAAAUGUCUAGUAAAAAAGGAGUAAGUAAACACUUGUUUCCAGAGCUAGCUGAUCUUCCAAAAACCAAGAAUGUUCCAAGAAGAACGAGAUUUCGACGCUGCAAAAGUGCGCCAAACACAGAAGACUUUGUUCCAAUUGAAAAGCUUGUCUCAACAAGUUCUUCUUCUAAUGACUCAUCAAAUAAUCCAUUCUCAACCAAAUCCCUUUUGAGCAACAUACGCCCAAGUUUUAGGAAAGUGAUCAUAUUCUUGUUGUUCUACUUUGGACUAGGCACAACAUGCUUCUACUUAUUCAGAGACCAACUCAAGGGAAAGAAAACAAAUGGGGUUCUUGAUGCAAUCUAUUUUUGCAUAGUCACAAUGACCACAGUUGGCUAUGGUGACAUAGUCCCCAACAGCAAAGCCUCGAAGCUACUCGCUUGCGUCUUUGUCUUCACCGGCAUGGCUCUAGUUUGCUUGACUCUAAGCAAGGCUGCAAAUUACCUUGUUGAGAAGCAAGAGUUGUUGGUUGUGAAAGCCUUGAAUAAGAGCAAAAAUACCAACCAACUUCAAGCCAUAGAAGAGGCUAAGAAUAACAGAACAAAGUACAAGUGCAUUAUGAUCUCUGUAGUUCUUUUGGUGCUUAUGACUAUUGGAGUAAUCUUUCUCACAAGUGUUGAGAAUUUGGACUUUGUGGAUGCAUUUUAUUGUGUGUGUUGUACUGUGACAACUUUGGGGUAUGGAGAUGUGAGCUUCUCAACUCAAGGUGGGCGAGUUUUCGCAAUCUUUUGGAUUAUGAUAAGCACCAUUUGCUUAGCUCAGUUUUUUCUUUAUAUUGCUGAGCUUAACACUGAGCUCAGACAAAGGGAAUUGGUGGAUAUGGUUCUUAAUCGUCCCAUGACUAAUAUUGAUUUGGAAGCUGCUGAUCUUGAUGAUGAUGGCUCUGUUGGGGCUGCAGAGUUCAUCAUAUACAAGCUUAAAGAAAUGGGGAAAGUGAGUUCAGAAGAUUUAUCACUUAUUAUGGUGGAAUUUAAUAGCCUUGAUAUUGAUCAAUCUGGAACUUUGUCACAUUCUGACAUAACUCUGGCUCAGUUAUCUCCACCAUCUAGUUGUACACCUAAAAAAUAAUUAUAAUGCCCCACAUCAUUAAUUAGGGUUUCCACUUUUUUCCAUUGUAACAUUAAAGUGAGACACAGACUUUGCUGAGGUGCUUAAUAGCAACCAUGGAAGUUUAUAUACAUAAAUAUUGUUAUUUAAGUCAUAUUAAGAAAAAAUAUCAACUUAUCUUAU